AUGCUAGCCUACACGCAGUCAACCUAUCUCAUUCGCUUCAAAUAUGGGAUUCCCGCCGUUCUUCAAGUCGUUCAAGGUUGUAAAAGGAAAGCGCGGUCGGGUUUGAAAGUCAGUCACUUUUUUAAACAUAAUAAACACGACAUUAUGAAAAAGAAAAGAUCUGUUGCUACUGAAUUAGUUCAACGUGCAUCAUCUAUAUUACCAGCAUUUACUGAUAUAUUUGAUGAAGAAACAUUUUAUAUAUUUUUUAUUUGUCUUGUUAUUUUAUCAUUUAUUAUAGCAUUUAGUAUAGCUAAAUAUUUUGAUGUAACAAUUAAAGAUGCAGAUUAUUUAAAAUUAACUAAACGACAAAAAUUCAAACGACACUAUUCAAUGAAUCAACAAAAAGAAAAAAACAACAAAGAAGCUUAUUGAUUUGUUUUCUUUAAACUUUAUUAUUAUUGUUUUUCUUUUUGUUGUUUAUUUUAUCAUUAUUACUUUAGAAAGAACAAAAAAAACAAAUGUCUCCCAACACCAACCUCACCCUACCCCGUCCGCAACUAAAUAGAUAAUGAUAGUUAAAGUCAAUGAUGUACUUUACUUUCAUCAAAAUAUACAAGGUAUUAUGUUUGUUUGUUUGUUCGUUUGUUUCCAUGAAUUGUAUUGUAUAUUUAUUCUAGUUAAUUGAAUACUCUUUCUGUAUUGAAUGUUAUUCCUUUCAUAUUUGUGCAAUAUCUCCAUGUAUUCUGUCUAUUCAAUGUGAAUUCAUUUCGUUUAUUCUUAUUAGCAAUGAAUUUAUAUAUUGCUUCAAGUUUACUAUGAUCUAAUAUUAGUAAUUAGAUUGAUCUGAUCAUGUUGUUAUGCAAGAAUUGAACAUUCGUUCAUUUACAUAAAUAAGAAAUUAGUAUGA